AUGGAUUUACCCAGAAAACGGGUCCCUGGGAGGAGGGAUGAUAGGAUCAUACUCCACUUCGAUUACGACUGCUUCUAUGCCUCGGUCUACGAAAACCGUGACCCGCGGCUCAAGGCACUGCCGCUAGGGGUGAAGCAGAAGAACAUCCUGGCGACGUGCAACUACGUCGCCCGUAAGCGCGGCGUCAAGAAGCUCAUGCUCAUCGUCGACGCCAAGAAGCUGUGCCCUGAUCUCGUCAUCAUUGAUGGCGAGGACCUGACGCCGUUUCGGGACAUGAGCAAGAGGCUGUUCAGGUUCCUCAGGGGCUAUUCAUGGAACAACAAGGCGGAGAGGCUGGGUUUCGAUGAAGUCUUUAUGGACGUCACGGAUAUCAUCGACUACAACAUGUUUUGCAUCAAUAGGGCGUCCCUGUCUGAGUCGUUUUUUCACCUCUCCAAGCAGGAUCCCGAAAAUGGCUUCAUCUGCAACUUGACGAAGGUCGCCGGGUGCAUAUACGGGAUGACACCUGAGCCGGGUGAUCUCGAAAAUCCCAAUUUCGUGCGGCUUCUUCUAGCGAGCCAUCUGGCUUUUCACCUGCGUAUGAAGCUGGAAGAGGACCUCGGCUUCACAGCGUCUGUUGGAGUGUCGACAAAUAAGCUCCUUAGCAAGCUCGCCGGUAGUGUGAACAAGCCGCGAAACCAAACGACACUGAUGUCGGUUGAUGAUUCCGUCGUAGCGGAGUUUAUGGACACACAUUCUAUCAGGAAGGUCCCUGGCAUUGGUUUCAAAACCUCCCGUGUGUUGGAGGGUCGUUACUUGUCAACGCCUUUGGGACCCGACGAUGCCGACAGAGAAAACUCGCCUCUGAAAGUCCAAAACGUGCGAACGCAUCCCGGAACAUCACCAGACGCCUUGGAGAAGCUCCUGGGCGGUCCCGGCUCCGAGCGCGGCGUUGGCGAGAGGAUUUGGGGUCUCUUACACGGCGUCGACGAUAGCGAGGUCAAGGACGCAAGCGAUAUACCGUCGCAAAUUAGCAUCGAAGACACGUUCAAGGGAUUGGAGAGUAUGAGUCAGAUUGAGAAAGAACUGCGCAAGAUAUCUGCGUCCCUAGUGCGGCGAAUGCGAACUGACCUUCUGACGAAUGACGACCCUAUAGAAUCAGGCGGGCAGCGGUGGAUCGCGCACCCCAAGACCCUGCGUCUGUCGAUCCGUUCUUGGCCAACGGAAUCGACGCCAAGCUUUCAGCGCAUAUCCCGCUCUCAGCCCCUUCCCAACUUCAUCUUCACCCUCAAAGAACCUCCCGAGUCCAUCGCGGAGCGGCUCACGAGUAACAUCCUACUUCCUUCAAUGAAGAAAUUCUACCCGCCAGGCCACCAGUGGAACCUUCAGCUCAUGAACGUAUGCGUCGCUAACAUGGCGGCCAGCGGUAGCGAGGCCAGGUCUGGCGUCGGUAGAGACAUAUCGGUCAUGUUUAGGAAGCAGGAUGACGUGCUACGACAGUGGAGGAUGGAUACGGCAGUUGUGGAGGACGACGACGAGCAGUGGGCGUCGGAGGACGACGUCGAGAAGGAGAUGGAGCUCGGAGAGUUUGACGAGGGGGCUUCCUGGGAGGACGAUAUGGUCACGGCGAGGUGCCCAAUCUGUGGGCACUGUAUACCGCCGUUCGCGCUGGCUGCACAUGCGAGGUAUCAUGACCUCGGAGAAUGA